GUCCGCCUCGCUGUGCCUGUGUUGUACUACUGCUACUGCUAGGUAGCCAACUCAUUUCCUCCCCCAACCCAAAUGGGCGACUCCACCGCCACCAACCCCUCCUCGCCGACCGCAGCCAUGGAUCCCGACUCCGAGGUCGUCUUCGACUUCCAGCCCUACCUCUGCCAGUACAAGAGCGGCCGCAUUCACCGGCCCGGCGGCGCCCCCACCGUCCCCGCCGGCACGGACCCGGCCACCGGCGUCGUCUCCAAGGACAUCCGCUCCGGCCCCGCCUCCGCGCGCGUCUACCUCCCUCCCGGCGCCACCGGCAAGAUCCCGGUGAUCGUCUACUUCCACGGCGGCGGCUUCGUGGUCGGCUCGCCGGCGCGGCCGGGCACGCACGGCUACCUCAACGACCUCGUCGCCCGCUCGGGCGCCAUCGGCGUGUCCGUCUACUACCGCCUCGCGCCGGAGCACAAGCUGCCCGCCGCGUACGACGACGCGUGGGCGGCGCUGCGGUGGGCGGUGACGCUCGGCGGCGAGGACCCGUGGCUGCUGGAGCACGCCGACCUGUCCCGCGUGUUCCUGGCGGGCUGCAGCGCCGGCGCCAACAUCGCGCACGACACGGCCGUGCGAGCCUCCGCCGCCGGCGUGGCCAUCCGCGGGCUCGCCCUAGUGCACCCGUACUUCACUGGCAGGGAGGCCGUGGGCGGCGAGACGGCGGCGUUCGGCCCCGAGAUCCGGCCGUCCAUGGACCGGACUUGGCGGUUCGUGGUCUCGGACACGGUGGGGCUGGACGACCCGCGCGUGAACCCGUUCGUGGACGACGCGGCGCGCAAGGCCUCCGCCGGGAUCCCGUGCCAGCGCGUGCUGGUGUGUGUGGCCGAGAACGACUUCCUGCUCAAGGAGCGCGCGCUGUGGUACCACCGGGAGAUCAAGGCCAGUGGCUACGCCGGCGAGGUCGAGCUGUUCGAGUCUAAGGGCGUCGGCCACGCGUUCCACUUCGACAUGCUGGACUCGGAGCAGGGCGUCGCACUACAGGAGCGGAUCGUGGCUUUCAUAAAUAAAUGAAAACCGAGACGAUAAAUAAGAGUUUUCUUUUUUUUGUCCACUAUCGAUUCACGGAGUAAAUCGAUUGUUUGGUUUGGUCCAUUUUAUCCGCUGUCGGUCCACGGAGUAAUUCGUUGUCUCGUUUUUUGUUAGAACAAUUUGUAUCGAUUCACAGAGCUAUCAGUGCGGUGAUUGAUCACCAGCGGUAUGUAACUCCAUUCCUG